GAAGUCCGAGAGCAGAAGACAGUUUCGUGCAACCGAUCGUGUCGCGCAUACGCGCCUCGCAGUGUCAGUCGUCGCAUUCUCGUAGGUGGAAUCUGAAACCGGUUCUACGGGACACGCGACGCAUUGGUCCAGAGGCAGCAGCGGGCCACGAUGCGUCGUACGUCCUCGCCUGGAGUCGCGUGGUGGGCGUUUUUGAACCUGCUGCUCGCGCUGACUCGCGCGACACCGGCGAAGCAGCCGCAUAUUAUUUACAUCUUGGCGGACGACUUGGGAUGGAAUGACGUUGGUUUUCACGGCUCCGGCCAGAUCCCGACGCCGAAUAUCGAUGCCCUCGCGUACUCCGGCCUGCUGCUCGACAGGUAUUAUGUCACUCCGAUAUGCACACCGUCCAGGAGCGCUCUGAUGACCGGCAAAUAUCCCAUUCACACCGGAAUGCAACACGGCGUUCUCAAAGGUGCCGAGCCUAGAGGACUGCCGCUUCACGAAAAGAUCCUGCCGGAAUAUCUGCGCGACCUUGGAUACAGCACGCACAUCGUCGGCAAAUGGCAUUUGGGAUUUUACACGAAGGAGUACACGCCGAUUUACCGGGGAUUCGCCUCGCACACUGGCUUUUGGACAGGUCACCAGGACUACUUUGAUCAUACGGCCGUUGAAAAUCCUUACUGGGGUCUGGAUAUGAGACGAGACAUGGAACCGGCAUGGGACCUCCACGGACAAUACUCAACGGAUGUUUUUACAAGGGAGGCGUUGAGACUGAUCGAUAAGCACAAUUCUAGUGAACCGUUGUUCCUAUAUCUGGCCCACGCAGCUGUGCACUCCGGAAACCCAUACAACCCACUUCCGGCGCCGGACGAAGAUGUCGCCAAGUUCGAUAAUAUCUUCGACUACAAUCGCAGACGUUUUGCAGGCAUGCUGAGUAAACUGGACAAAUCGGUGGGUCAAGUGGUCGAAGCUUUGCGUAAAAAAGGCAUAUUACGAGAUAGCAUAAUCAUCUUCUCGACGGACAAUGGUGGACCCGCCGCUGGAUUUAAUUUGAAUGCUGCGUCUAAUUGGCCUUUGAGAGGCGUCAAAAAUACUCUCUGGGAAGGUGGUGUCAGAGGUACGGGCUUGGUGUGGUCGCCUAAACUGGUCCGACCUGGUCGAGUAAGCAGGCAACUGCUACACAUUACCGACUGGCUGCCGACACUUAUAACAGCCGCCGGUGGCAAUCCGUCGAAUUUGAGCAUCGACGGCAUGGAUCUGUGGAACGCGCUCAGCGACGACACUGAUUCGCCGCGAGACAGCGUCCUUCAUAAUAUCGACGAUAUUUACGGCGUGUCCGCUAUCACAGUCGGUGACUGGAAACUCAUUCAAGGAUCUACUUAUAAUGGAGUUUGGGACGGAUGGUACGGCCCGUCCGGCAGAGAAUGGGUCUACGACGUGGGUGGCGUGAUCAACAGCGAAGCGGGUCGCGCCAUCGCGAGUAUAGGAUUAGGUAUUACUGCUGAAAAGGUGAGGACGCUGCGGGAGAACGCAAUGAUUAAGUGCCCGCCGAGAAACGACAGCUUGCCAAUCUGCAAGCCGCUACAAGAGCCAUGUCUCUUCAACGUCUACCAGGAUCCUUGCGAGGAUAAUAAUCUCGUUAAGCAGUUCCCAACAAUCAUGAGAAAGCUGCAGGACGAGCUUAAGAGGUUCAAUAGCACCGCGAUUUACCCCGGGAAUCUCCCUUGGGAUAACAAGGCCGACCCGAGUCUGUGGGAUCACACUUGGAGCAAUUUCGGAGACUACGUCAAUUUCUUAACCGCUGUGGCUUAAUCGAUUACACAGCAGCACUCAGAUAUCUCAUCUCAUCUGUCAUCGCGGAUUGAGUGUGUGUAAAGGCCAUAUCUGAAAUCGUUGCCUGCGUUGGCUCAUGUUCCACUUGAGAAAUGUUGUCUCUCGAUGUCUUGCAAAGAGGACGAAUUCCGUCGUGAAACAUUGGAAUGUUAUACGAAGAGUUUUACUACGGGAUCAUAAAGACACAUACAUUUUUUAUCUUUCUAUAAUUAUAUAUAUAAGCGUCAAUUAUAAGAACAAUACAUAUGUUUCGUUAAUAAAUCCCAGCGAUACCUAAUGAGAGUAAGCUAAGAACGUUAUUUUAUUUACAACAAUCAAGCGCGGAUUGUUCGACGUUAUCAAGUUGAUUGCUGAGUUCGUUAAUGUUGUUUCGUGACAUUGAUUCCGAAUGCAACGGAAAAAGAAAGCGCCUGAGACUUUGCUGUAAACGAACAAACUGUAGUACAAAUUAUUGCAGAUGAGAUACAUAUAUAUCACCGUUAUUGAUAUCGAGUAAAAUACUUGAAGAUCACAA